UGGCGGGCGGGCAGGCGGCCGGCGGGGCGAUGGCGGAGGUGGAGCUGUCGGGCCGCGCCUACGCCAAGAUGGCGCUACACGCGGCGCGGCACCCGGCAGCGGCUGUCAGCGGGCUGCUGCUGGGCCGCCCCGCGCCGCCACCCGCGCGCUGUCUCUGCUUGGCCGACUGCGUGCCGCUCUUCCGCGCCGCGCCUGUGCUCCGCCCCAUGCUGGACGUGGCGCUGCACCAGGUGGAGGCAUGGGGGGCAACGCAGGGCCUGCUCCUGGCCGGGUACUACCAGGCGGGCGCGGGGCUGGACGAGCUGAGCCCCCCGCCCCUGGCGCAGCGCGUGGCAGGGCGCCUGGCCGAGCUGUGUGAAGGUGCCGUGCUCAUCAUGCUGAAUAACCGGAAGUUCACCAUGAGCCCCCGUGUGCCCCCCAUCCUGGUGCUGGAGCAACGGGACCGGCAGUGGGUCCCCAAGGACAAGAACUUGGUCAUGUGGCAGGACUGGGAGUCCUCCCGCCGGGUCUGCCAAACCCUGCUGGAGGCCAAAGCUUAUACCCAACUGGUUGACUUUGAUGCCCACCUUGACGACAUCCGGAGGGACUGGACCAAUCAGCAGCUCAACGCUGAAAUCGCCCAGCUGAUGUCAGUGGCCAAUGGCAGUGCCUGAGGUCUUCCAUUGGAGGAUAUGGUGGGUGUGGCCAAUGGGCUGCAGUCAGGUUGCAGCUCCGAGCUGCAGAGCCUUCCCAUGCCUGACUUGGCAGCCAGUCAGAUGUCCAGGAUAGUCAGUACUGACCUAACCCCAGGCCAGACCCUCAUUGCCCCCAGAUAUUAAAAAGCACAAAAUGCCCCCAGAACAAGCAGAAAAGCAGGAAUAUUUAACCUCUGUGAUGUAGAAAAUAUGAGUAAUAAAAGUCCGUUUAUUAAAACAGGAAUUUUAACCCAAAAGCAGAUCCGUUACUUUUUAAUUCAGAACAAAUUGAAAAACUUGUUCAGAGAAAGGUCUUUUAAUUUGAGGUAUUUUUGGUUUAUUUUAGAAUCUCUCUUGUUCCAUAGAAAGACACUUAUUUUGCAUUUUUCUUCUUUCCUUCCUCACUCCACCAUAAUCCUCAUUUUUUAAAGAGCUCAAAAUGCCAAAUACUGAAACGUGACAAUCUGAAGAGUUUAAAUGCGCCUUGUAAAGUGCUUUUUUUUGUGGGGGGGAAAUAAGGAUUUGAUGUUUACAUUUCCCUAUUUUUUGUGUAUACCUUGAGUUUUAUUGAAUAUUAAAUAUGUUAAUAUAUAUUAUUACAUUAAAUAUAUUAUUUCUUCCUUUUUCAACACAACUAUGUAACCAUGUCAAAAACUAUAAACUUGUGUGUGUGUGUGUGUAUACAUACGUAAUACACUUCCUUCAAUAGAUUAUUCUGAUUUUUUAUCUUAUACUUUUGUUGCACAAAUGCUUUUCUAUUGAGUUUUGCAAUCAAAACUCCUCAUUUACUUAAAGAAUUGGCCACAAAGUUACAGAAAUGAGAAGCCAGAAAUUUAACAAAGCAACUUGGAAACUGAGGGUUUUGUUUGUUUGUUUUGGCCGAGAAAAAGCAUUUUUGUUUUGUUUAAAAAAAAAAGAAAAGAUUUUUGGUCUCUAUGAAAAAUAUGGUUUCUUUACUCAGUUAUUUAAGAGUGAUGUUGUAGUUGCAGUAGUCCAGGAAUUAUGCAAGAGAAAAGAAUUUCUUAGUAUGAUAUCUUUCAUCCAGCCACCUGUGUAUUUGGAAUAAAAGUAGAGCCUUCUUUCCCGUUGACAGACCUCGGCUAUUUAAUUUCUUUUUACUUUUUUUUUUUUUGUAAUCAGCUUUUGUAUUUAUACAUCUUAAUAUUAUUAAAUUUACAUGGCUGACAUUUUAAAUACAAGUAUAAGUUACUUCAGUAAAAUAAAAUGUAAUUUAAUUUAUUUGAGGUCCAUUUAAACAACAUUUAAUGUAUCAAUAAUAUGUUGAUUGCAAAAAUCAAAGAAAUAGUAAAAAAAAGUAGCAGAGGUUUCUCAAUGGGAAAUGUGACUGUAACUUUACCCCAUUAAAAGUUAAAUUAGCUUGUUUGUUUGUUUUUAAUAUAUCUAAAGAAAGCUAGCAACAUUUGUAGUUUUCUGUUACAAACUUUAUAAAAAACCCAAAUUAUUAACCAUCCUUAAAAAAACAAAAAACAGAAAACCUUGAAGUAUUUAAAAUUCCAAACUUUUUCUAAUCCAGAUCUUAAUUUGAGCUUAAUUUUAGUAGCUUUUUUCAUAGUUUUGUUCUGUUUUAUGUAAAGCCUCUUCGGGUAAGCUACAGCUUUUUUCUCUGCUGCUUAAAUCCGGUUUAAAUACUUCUUGAAGCUAAACUUAGUAAUGUAUUAUUUAUUAAUAAAUGUAUAGAUUCACUGAAUUAAUGUGGUGAAGGUAUUGAAUCUCUUAGUUUAGCAGCUGUAUUGAAUUCAUUCAUGUUAUACAUUGAAUUUAUAUACAUGGAGAAUCCUUAAAUUUAGUAUACGAAAUGUUAUAUGUAACUAGGUCUACAAGUAGUGCAUCUAUAAUUAAUCUAUUACGUGUAGAAAAUAUUUUAGUAAAUUAUCAAAUAAUGUUAACUGUGUAGUUAAGUAAUGAAUCUAUAGCUUUAACUUAAUAGAUUUACAAAUUUUACACAUUAAUUUAGUGAAUCUGUAAGUAGUUUGAAUAUAUUUUUUUUAAAUGUCUUUAUUUAUUGAAUUAUAUAAGUAUACAUUUUACAAAUGUGUUACUUUAUGGAAAUUAAUAAAAUCUUGGGUUAAAAAUC